CGGGAAUCAGCCCUGUCUUGGGGCUAUAUUACCAGCUCGCGAGUCGACUGCCGGUGAUUAAAGGAGAACGCAUUCCAGCCCCAGUCAGCACUACAGCAAGGCUUGCACAGCCUUGCACAACGCCAACCCUCACACGCCCACGCUUUACCCUUUCAGACACCACCCUUAAUCUGUAAACGAACUAAUUAUGACUGAUCUAGAAUUGCACGUGCUGCUUCAGCCUCGUGAAAUAUUGAUGGCGUUCUGAUAGUAGACCAACGACAGGUGCUCGAGGUCAUGAGUGGUGUUGAACAGUGAGCACGCUGCGGAGUUGGAGGCGAGAUAAAUUGAUUUCGACUGCAAAUUCUGGUCGUAUCUUCCUGCACUGACUAUCUAAAUUAUUUUAAACCGUAACCUUAUAGCAGUCAAGAUGCGCAUCACGGCUUUCUCUUCAGCGUUGUCAAUCUUCUUCUUUGGCCUCGCCAGCGCAGCGAACGAAUUUACAGAGCUUCCAGCAUCCUGUCCUCAGAUCCUGCCCGCGCCUGCGGCUGCGUCGCUCCCCAACUAUUUCCUCCCUAAGACCAUCAAAGAUUCUCAACUUGACGACAUCGAAGCCAUCCGUCAGACUCUCCACUUCUACGCUCUUGUUCUUGACAGCAAGACCUUCCCUCUUCUCGACCGCGUCUUUGCACCUUCGGCAACUGCCAACUACUCAGGCCUCGCCGGCAUCUUCGAAGGCUUGCCAGCCAUCCAUACGUUUCUGUCGGACUCUCUUGCAGCAUAUCCCAAGACACAGCAUCUGAUUGCUAAUCACAUCAUUGACGUGUGCGCCCCCAAGAAUGCAGUCAGCCAGACAUACUUUCAGGCUACCCACUUCCCGAGCACGACAGCGGGUCCUUUCACCGCGUAUGUGACGCAUCAGGAUGCAUGGGAGAAGACUAAGGAUGGGUGGAGGAUUGUGUACAGCAAUUUUGGGAUAACGGGAAGGAGAUGAACGUUUUGUGUGAAGAGCCGCAAGUGCUUGAACUGACCGUAGU